CCUGUUUUCCCCCAAAGGCGCAUCCAAUUCCCAGCACUUCUACUUGACUACUUCUACCGAGAGAAAGGGAGGUAAAAGGAGAGAAAGGUAUGGCAAGUUUGUACGCUUCAAUAGCUGUUCUUGCCGCCCUCUUUCAGUUAACAAUUCAUCUGAACUCAUGCUUAGCAGCUAGAACAAAUCUUAGUAAGGAAGCCAACACCCAAUUCAUCAAAACCUCUUGCAGUAGCACAGUCUAUCGUGACUUGUGUUUCGCGACCCUCUCUAGCUACGCAAGCGAAAUCCAAGCCAGUCCCAAGUUAUUAGCCAGUACGGCCCUCUCCGUGACACUUAAUGCCACUCGUUCCGCUUCCACAACGAUGAUAAAACGAUCCAAAAGCCAGGGCAUGAAGCCUAGAGAGGCUGAAGCCCUGAGCGAUUGCAUGGAAGAACUAAGGGACUCGGUGUACGAGCUCCAGAGGUCAGUUGGUGAAAUGGAUCAGCCUGGAGGCAAAAGUUUUGGUCUCCAAAUGAAUGAUAUAGAAACAUGGGUGAGCGCAGCUUUGACUGAUGAGCAUACCUGCAUGGAUGGCUUCUCUGGUAAAGCCAUGAAUGGGAACGUUAAAAACUCUGUGAGAAGCCAAAUUGUUAAAGUUGCACAUAUGACAAGCAAUGCCUUGGCUCUUGUCAACAGCUAUGCAGCUGCUGUACAGAACCCGUGAUCAACUUUCGACUAGUGUAGAUGUUCUAUAUGCAUUUCCUAUAUAUGUUUUACUAGCUUAGUACUUUUGUUAUGCAAAAUCUUGGUUUUAGUCUUUUUACUUUGGGAUUUGGGAAAACAGGUGUAUUAACUAUUGAGUUUGGUAUCCGUGCUUAUUCUGUCAGAAUGUAAAUACUAAUACUGAAUAUUGAUGUUUAAAUCCAUUAAUAUGCUCUUCAUUUUGGCAACAGAUUAUAGAUGAAAGUGUUGUUGC